GGAUAGAAUUGGAUGAAGUGAACAGCGGCGCCGCUCUCAGCCGAGCCUCGAGUGCCAGCUUGGGCUUCUCAUUCUCCUUCACCGGAUUCACAAUGCCUCCUGAUGAAAUAGCAGACUCCAAGCCGUUUAGCGACGAUGAUGGUUGUAAGUCUCUCUGCAUAUGUUUAUUGACUACAGUACCAUAGCUAGCCAGGUGCUCCGGGGUCCCUCUGAUCGAGCAUGUUGGUGCUCGCAAAUAGGCCGGCCACUUGGAUUCCACAAAACCUUUGUUGGGAAAUAUUGUUCAUACCACUUGGCUUGCGAGUGCACACGUGUUUGUAUCCAUGUUUUUUUAAUCUUUCAUAUAUAAAAUGAUGUUACAUCAUUAAUACAUAAUCAUUAGGAUUUGUUGGUGCAAAACUUUUUAAGUAACUUCAAACAACAGAGAGACAAGUGUUUAAUGCACUUGGUGAGAGAGGGACCGGAGUAUUUUGGUCGUGUUGAGCAUGCUCUUUAAAAAAGCAAAUAACUAUUUAAAUCUGCGUGCGUAGAAAAAACAAAUAAAAUUUACAUAAUUAACGUUACAGUACUACUGAUCAUGGUCGUAUGACUUAUGUUGGCUUUUGAAAGACAAUUAAUUAUGGGAAACGGAAACACAACUAAUAAUUACACAGAGAAACUUUUAUGGGCUGCACACAAAACAGAUCAGAUCUUAGUAAACACUGUUGAUCAUGGCAAAGGCCGAAGGGUAGUGAUGACAGUGCGCUUUGAGAACGGAGAAAUGAUUGAUGUGAGAGAUCCAAAAAGUGAGCCAGGGGCAGUUUACCCACUUUUAUUUGAUGCCACUCAAUAAUAUACAAUAAUGUCUGGCCUUUCUGAAAAAAGUGUACACUACUGCCUGUAUUAUCAGUUGGACAUUGGGAGCUUGGUGCGAAGUGGCCCCCUCUUUCCAAAGGAACCACUUGGGCUGCCUUUGAUCACUCGUUUGAAUAUUAGGAAGUACUUUUUUUCGCUUCUAAUUAAUAAUUAUACAUUUUUUUUUCAUUCAAAAUUAAACAUCAUGAAGUGAUUAUAGGAAUCUUUGUUGAGUGUUUAAGGUGGCUAGCUUGGUCCUGUUUUCUUUAUAUUUUGGCUUUGAUCUAGUCUUCAAGGAUGCAUUUGAGUGUCACUAAUUAACAUGUGUAGUCAAUCCUUCACGUCACUCCUAAUCGGUGGGAGACAUCACUUUUUUCUUCUUCUUUUUCUUAAAUGACAAAUAAAGGUGAAGGGUAUCUUUCUACUCAUAGUACAAGUUAAUUAUAGAGAGAGAGAUAAUUGGGUCCCAAGUCUUAGAAUUUGCACGUCUCGUAAUUCUUCAGAUGCGACAUUGAAAAGGAUUAAACUACUUACGUCUCUCUGAUGUGGGAUCCUUUCUUUCUUUUUCAUUUUUUUCAUAUUUUAUUGUCAAUGAAUUUAGAGAAAGUUGAAGAAUCUCUACGGACUUUCUUGACACCUAUAUUUAUUUAGAAUGAGCACUCAAGCCGAUCAGGAUCUUGAAGCUGGCAUAUGUAAACCGAAGCUGCAAACAGAACCAACCUUGCCAAUUUAUCUCAAGUUCACAGAUGUGACAUACAAGGUAACUCUCAAAGGAAUGAGAACAACCCAAGAGAAGGAUAUUCUGAAUGGGAUUACGGGUUCAGUGAACCCUGGGGAGCUUUUGGCAUUGAUGGGACCUUCAGGAAGUGGAAAGACAACACUCCUAAAUCUGCUCGGUGGAAGGAUCAAUCAGCCCACCGUUGGAUCACUUACUUACAAUGACCAGUCUUAUUCCAAGUUCCUAAAAUGCAGGAUAGGAUUUGUGACUCAAGACGACGUUCUGUUUCCUCACCUUACAGUGAAGGAAACAUUGACAUAUGCAGCCCUCCUACGACUACCAAAGACAUUGACAAGAGAGCAAAAGGAAAAACGAGCAAUAGAUGUCAUCAAUGAGCUAGGCUUGGAGAGGUGCCAAGACACUAUCAUUGGGGGCUCCUUUGUUCGGGGAGUGUCAGGUGGAGAGAGGAAAAGAGUUUGUAUUGGAAAUGAGAUCAUAAUCAACCCGUCACUUCUGUUUCUUGAUGAACCAACCUCUGGUUUGGAUUCUACCACUGCUUUAAGGAUUGUCCAGAUGUUGCAAGACAUUGCAGAGGCCGGAAAAACAGUGGUAACGACGAUCCAUCAGCCAUCAAGCAGACUGUUCCACAAAUUUGACAAGUUAAUCCUUCUUGGGAAAGGGAGCUUGCUCUACUUCGGAAAAGCAUCAGAAGCAAUGGUGUAUUUCUCAUCUAUAGGAUGCUCUCCUCUGAUUGCCAUGAAUCCGGCCGAGUUCUUGAUAGACCUUGCAAAUGGGAACCUCCAUGAUGUCUCAGUACCAUCAGAAUUAGAGGACAAAGUGCAAAUGGGGAAUUCCGAGGCUGAAAUACGGAACAGGAAACCAUCUCCUGCUGUCGUGCAUGAGUAUCUUGUGGAGGCGUAUGAGACAAGAGUUGCAGAAAAUGAAAAGAAGAAACUUCUGGUUCCCAUACCCCUCGAUGAACAAGUAAAAUUGAAGGUCUCUUCUCCAAAGAGACAGUGGGGGGCAAGCUGGUGGGAACAAUAUUCCAUAUUGUUCUGGAGGGGAUUCAAAGAACGGAGGCAUGACUAUUUCAGCUGGUUGAGAAUCACUCAAGUUCUCUCUACUGCAAUUAUCUUGGGAUUACUGUGGUGGCAGUCUGAUACUGACAGCCCCAAAGGCCUGCAAGAACAGGCAGGACUGCUUUUCUUCAUCGGUGUCUUCUGGGGAUUCUUCCCUGUAUUCACAGCAAUCUUCACAUUCCCGCAAGAAAGAGCCAUGCUGAGUAAAGAAAGAGCAGCCGACAUGUACAGACUAAGUGCAUAUUUUGUGGCUAGAACUACAAGCGACCUUCCACUUGACUUGUUACUACCAGUACUAUUCCUUCUUGUCGUCUAUUUUAUGGCAGGCUUGAGACUGAGUGCUGGUCCCUUUUUCCUAAGCAUGCUUACAGUCUUCCUCUGCAUUGUGGCGGCUCAGGGAUUUGGACUAGCUAUAGGAGCUACAUUCAUGGACUUGAAGAGGGCAACUACUCUGGCCUCAGUAGCUGUCAUGACCUUCAUGCUAGCUGGUGGGUUCUUUGUGAAGAAAGUUCCGAUAUUCAUUUCUUGGAUCCGCUAUCUGUCUUUCAACUACCACACAUACAGGCUGCUUCUGAAGGUGCAGUAUGAAGACAUCACACCCACCAUAAAUGGGAUGAGAAUAGACAGCGGUAUAAUGGAGGUCAGUGCCCUGGUAGCCAUGGUUUUUGGUUACCGUCUUCUGGCAUACCUUUCUUUGCGGAGAAUGAAACUCCAAUCUGGAGCUUAAUAAAUUUGCGAUCUGCAAAGGAGCAUAGAUCUGGUCCCUGGACAGCUGCAGAAGGAGCUGAGUGUCCAGGUGAAAAGAAAUGGUAGCGAAUGGAUCAAUGUGUAAAAACCAUCCCCCAUAAAAUGUCAUCCAAGGAGAAUGCUACAUGUUCCUAAGUCAAUUUCACCGUAUGCAAAAUCCUCUGAGAUGUCUCCGGAAAAUCUCGAAUUCAUGCAGUCUAAUGUCAAAACGACAAACAACGGUUCUAUGUAACCACAUCAAAUAUUUAUGAAAAAAAUCUACUUACAAAUCUGCUUAUCGACACACUCAACACACUACUAAGUACUAAUAAUGUUAAAAUCUUACACAUCAGUUAGCAUAAGUAUUGAUGCUCUAAUUAAUUAAUUAAUUUUAUUGUAAUGGGUCCAAUGUCAGUACACCUACUAGUAAAUAGCAUAGCUAAAUAUAUAUCUAGUGGAUUGAGGUAAGAAUUUUAAUUCGCAGGUUAGAAGAUACAUAAACGUCAUGUAGACAACUCUACAAUUUUUGUCUGCAUGGUUUCCGCUUAGCGAAUAAAAAAUUACAGAGCAAUCCCGUGUGCUGGCAUUGAUUUACCGCCCACUGUGCAAAAUACAUCGGUUUCAAUGAUUGGUGACCUCUCCGAAGGGGGAAAAAUAAAAACAAAAGUUAAAAAAAAAAAAU